UAUUUUAAGGGAAAUCACUCUUACAUACGAAGGACAAUUUCGUUGUUGAUGAGGACGAAGCUACGGAAGUUAGUGGUUGUGGUCUAAGGAACAAGAAUAUUUUCGCAACACGGCAUUUAAGUGGCAGCGUCACUCAGUAGUCCCACAGCCUCUGUAUACCCAUAAUAUAAUAAUGCAGUCACUUAAACACAUAAAACAGCAAAUGAGGUCGUUGUCGAAAAUCACCCAUGUUCUGAUAUCCACUCAGUCCAUCUGUCAAAAUAUUCGAAAGCAAGUUUACAUUUCAAGUUCAAAGGACAUAUAUCAAAACCUUGCUCUAGAAGACUGGCUGUAUGAAAAUGCAGACCUUGCAAACACUGACUACCUUCUAAUGUGGCGGAAUGAACCAGCUAUUGUUAUAGGACGGCACCAGAAUCCAUGGUUGGAAUGUAAUGUGAUUGAAGCAGAAAGAAAGAGCAUACCAGUAGUGCGAAGAAAAAGCGGAGGAGGGACAGUUUUCCACGAUCAAGGUAAUCUUAACUUGUCAUACCUCAUGAGAAGAGGCCGCUACAAUCGUAAGAAAAAUCUGGAGGAGGUUGUACAGGCAUUGGUGUCUCGAUGGGAUUUGAAUCUCAAAAUCAGCAACCGAGAUGAUAUUCUUUUAGAUGGCAUUUACAAGGUGUCAGGAACAGCUUCAAAGUUGGGAGGUGACCGAACCUACCACCACUUCACACUGUUGUUUGAUGUGGACAAGGAUAUUCUGUGCAGUAUUCUUCAGAGUUCAUUGAUUGGGGUUGACUGUAAAGCAACAAGGAGUAUCCCAUCACUGGUGAAAAAUUUAAAAGAAGAGGCUCCAGACAUCUCCUUUGAUAACCUGGUUUGUGUUGUAGGGGAAGAAUUUUUGAAAGAAGACAAAGAGAAGGUACUGCGCACAGUCGACCCAACUGAUGAAAAUAAAUUUCCUGGUGUGGCAAAAAUUGAGCAUCAUCUCAAGAGCUGGGAAUGGGUGUAUGGAAAAACUCCACCAUUUACUAUAUCUAGAACUUUUGUGAACGUGUUCAAACAUGUUGAGUCAGAUGCACACUUUUCACUCAGAAUAAACCUAACAAUUAGCAAAGGAAGAAUUGACAAAAUAGACUGCAAACUAAGCAAGGAAUACCACAGACAGCAAAAAGUAGUAGAUUUGCCACUUCGAUUGCUGCAGUUUGUGAACUUAGUUGGGCAUCCUGUUGAGAAACAAGAAAUUGAAAGACUCUGGGAAGCAUCUAGGCAAAAAAUAAUGGACUUACAAGGUGAAGAAGACUAUGCUAUUUUGGUAUGGGGGUUAAGCUGCCUGGUGCAGUGUAUCCCAGGAAUAUCAGUAUUACCUCUGAGGUCACAGCAGAGUGAAAUAGAUCAGCAUAUACUGAAAAGCAAAAACGUAAACACUGUUGCUUGAUUAGUUCAAAGAUUGGUAAAAUGUUCCAUAAUUCAUAUUGCUGUGACAGUGAAAGUGAAUCUACUUCUGAAUAAAUAGUGGCUUUAUCAUUUUG